AUGUUCCCAGGUCGCUAUGCACUGGAACAGCUGGUAGUUAUUCUCAUCUUGUUGAGAAACAUGGAGGUCUCACAUACAGAAUGGAUUCUACACAACUGGAAACCAGAUACAACGUUCCAAGCGCUUGCCUUUGCUAAGAAUUCGAAGUGUGAAGAUUGGUUCUCUUGCUUACGUGUACUUGAAGGAGCUUUGAUUAAUAUUGGUAGCUUGAAUUUGAAACACAAUACAAAGAGAGAGGUUAUUCUGUGGGCCAGGAAGCACCAAAAGAAACCAAGAGAACUGCUAGAUACUACGUUGGUGAGACAGUUUUUUUACUUGAAGACCAGGCAGAAGCUCAUGAUAAAUAAGAAAUACCUUUCCUUGACUAUUAAAAAUAAGCUAAUUGAGGAUGAAAUUAAAUUGGCUAAGGCUGAUUCUGAAACACUUAAUCGGGCUGAUAAAAAUCAAGAAAAUAGUAUUAGUUAUGAAGAUCAUAAUAUAAACAAUACAAGAGAGGAUAUCAAUGAUUUUGCAGAAGAUAAGUUUGAAACUGCAAAUGAUACAGUUGAUGAACAUAAUAUUCCAUUUGAAGACAUGUUUAAAAAAUUAAAUCAAAACGACAAAUGGUAUCUUUCAACUGGUAAAUGUGUGGAUGAUGAGCUUUUUAUGUUUGGUCUGCAGUGCGAGUCUGAUCAUCCGAGCCGAUCAUUGAUUAUUGACCCAUACGACAAGAACUACACCUCUUACAAUGUGUUUACUGAAGAAGAACUUCAAGAAAUCAUAAACUAUAAAAAGAAAAGCUUUCCAAAACCUCCAGAUUCUUUGAAAAAUUUUUUAAAUCAAUACAACCAAGACAGCACAGCUAAGCUUCGAACUGCUUUAGGAAAUAAUCAUACUUUUCACUCUGACUACAACAAAGAAGAAAGCGCUGACAAGGACUGGAUCAAUCUGGUUAUCUUUUCCCUGGUUCGAGAAUACGAAAAUGGUAAUAUGAAUAGGACUCAUAACGAACGAUGGUAUCAAACCCACAUUUGGUCAAUGAUCGAAUCUUGUUUCGAUAAAUUAAAGGAUGUUGAGGCUGUCGGUGGCGAGUCUGCUUGUCUAGGGACUAAGAAAAGGAAAAAUAACACAAGAAUCAUUGGAUCCAUUUCAAAAAUCAGUCGAUCUAAGUAUGGUCACAAGUGCGACUUAAUUUUUAGACAAUACAACAAUCAACAUACUGUCCCUUUGGAGUUUGGUGCUAGUGAAGCCAAAUCAAAGAUUGAGGAUGAAUCUGGUACAAAUUUUAUGAAUGAAGGCUUCUACAAGUUACCACGUACACUGAAAGACAUGUUGGACUCUUUACUCAAGGAAAUCAACUUUGAUCAUCGUUCAGAGGCGAUUCGCACUGUUGGAUUUAUUCAUUCUGGCUUGUCAAGCACGCUGAUUGAGUUGGACAGACCCACCAAGUACAUUUCGCGUGUUUCAAGAUGCAAGACGUUGGUGAUUAGUAACUCUGUGAAUCAGUUUGGACCUACUGUCUUACCAGUUAUUCUUUCUACCUGGGUGUGCUCUGAAAUUGUCAAGGAAGUGUUUGAAAUCAUUUCGUCCAAAAAUAAAUCCAAUGAAAAUGACAUUGCAUGGUUUGAUAACUGUUUGGAGAGAAGGCCCCCCCAAAUAUGCCAACAACAUCGUCAUCAAUCGAAACAGCACAAAAAAAAUUGA